AUGAAUUUUGGUCAUCCUCAUCCCAAGGGUCCUAAGGAAGGCCUGGAGGAUGCGCUGAACCCUGGCUUCGCCCUCCCCCUGACCGAUGCGGACGACGCCUGCCCGGCGCACGUGCGGAGCACUUCGCUGCCGAACGCCACGCUGAACCUCGUCCUGGCGGUGCUGGGGGCGGGGCAACUCACUCUGCCCUAUGCCAUGGGACAGUUGGGUCUCGCACUGGGCAUCACCUGUUUGUUGAUCUUCACCUUGUUCUCCAUGCACUCUUUGAAGACCCUGACCUUGUACGAGCUGCACUUCGCACCCAGCAACUGCCUGGAGACCUAUGCGGAGCUGGUGAUUCGGGUCCUCGGAACACCGGGUCGAGCGAUUUGCAACGCGCUGCUGGUGAUGUAUGCCUGGGGUGGCGCAGUGGCGUUCUUGGUGAUUUUGAAGGGAGAAUCGGAGUUCCUGUGGUGCAACUAUUAUGACUGUCACCAUCAUCCGGAGCAGUGGCAUGUGACGAUUCUAGGAUCAGAUGUCGUGGCCGGCAGUGGCCAAGUUAUUCUGCUGCUGCUGGCGCUCUUCGUCCUCUGGCCCUUGAGCUCCCUGCAGGACCUGUGUUUCAUGAAACGUUUCAGCUGGUUGGGCUGCGCGGCGGCCCUGAUCAUCACCGGGGCGACCUGUUGGACGUCAGGUGUCGCUCCGGGAUCGAUGGGGCGGCUGCUGGAGGUCAUGCGGAAUGACCUUGCAGCGCCUCUGGCGCAGACGUCUGCGCUGAAGGUGGCAGCCUCUCUGCCGCUACUGUCGUUUUCUUUGAACUCCUCCUGGGCCUUCAUUCCCAUCCUCUGCACCUUGAAGGAAAGGACGCAGGGCUACACGAAUGGGUUGAUCUGUGGCAGCAACCUACUGAUUUUCGUGAACUACCUGCUGCUGUGCAUGUUUGGCUACUGCCUGGUGGACGACCCGCAAAACAUCAAACCCAACAUCCUGGAGAACUUGGGACGAGGGCGAGACGUAGGAGAUGGUGGGCUGGUGCUCUUUGCGAAGGCCUCGCUCUGUCUGCAGCUGACCCUGGCGUUGCCGCUGCGUUUCUUCGUCGCUCGGAAGACGCUGCUGGGGGACGCGGGCGGAUGUGCACGUGCUUUGGUGGCCUUGGCGCUGGUUUCUUCCGCCACGCUGCUGGCGCUGCCUGAGAUCUCCCUGGCUUUGGUGCUGGGACUCACCAGCAGCGUUUGCGCCAGCAUGAUCAUCUACAUUUUGCCGGCCAUCAUCGAUUUGAAACUUCAACUGCCAGGUUUCUGGCGCAAAGUGGUUUCACUGCUGAGUUUCUUGCUUGGUUGUUACAUCUUAGUGGCGGGCGUCUACGCCAACAUCGUUGGUGCGGCCGUGGGCGCCGACAGCGGCGAUUGGGGCGACUUCUCAGGGGCCCCCGUGGCACCCGUGGCACCCGUGGCCGCGGCCGUGGCGGCCGCGCCGCCAAUAGCGGCGCCGGCGGGCGGCUUGCUGGAUUUGGAUCUGGACUUCACGGCGCCUCCGCAAGCGCAAGCCGCGGUUGAGACCCCAGCCGCGCCGCAAGCCGUGGCGCCGCAAGCCGUGGCGCCCGUGCAGCAGCCUCCCACGGGUGCUCGCUACUCGGCCUUCGAUGACCUCUGCGAGCCGCCGCAGGGCCCCCAUGGACCCAUGAGCGCCGUGCCGGGCGUGCCGGGCGUGCCGGGCGUGCCGGGCGUGCCGGGCGUGCCGAUGGCCAUGCCGGCAAAUCCGCAGAUGCCCGCUGGCAUGAUGGCCGGUCCCAUGGGUGGUUUGCAAUUGCCAUCUCCUGCGCAGCUUCAGCAAAUGGCACCGGAACAGUUGAUGCAAUGGCAAAUGAUGUUGCAGAGCCAGAUGCAAAUGGUCAUGCAGCUCCUCCAGAGCAAGCAGAGUCAGAUGCCACAGGCUGCGCCACAAGCAGAAGGUCCUGGGCAAUUCAACGACUUGGUCAACGCCUUUCAGCACCGCGCUGGCGCGGUCAACGCCCCACACGCCGGGCACGCGCCUGCCCCGUGUGCUGCACAGGCGCCGGCGGCAGCGGAAUCUGGGAAUCCCUUCGACAUGUUUUAGCGACGCGGCUCACCUUGCAGCAAGAAGAUCUACGGUUCUGUGGACAUACCAACUGGUAAAUUCAAUGGAAA